ACCCGGAAGCGGCGGCGGCGUCGCGCGGCUCGGGCGGGAUUUUGGGGCGAUUUCGGGGGAUUUUGGGGAAUUUUGGGGGAAUUUGGGGAUUUUGGGGCCAUGGCCGCCCCCGCCAGCGCGCAGAGCGCCAGCAAGACCUGGGAGCUGAGCCUGUACGAGCUGCACCGCACCCCGCAGGAGGCCAUCAUGGACGGCACGGAGAUCGCGGUGUCGCCGCGCUCGCUGCACUCGGAGCUGAUGUGCCCCAUCUGCCUGGACAUGCUCAAGAACACCAUGACCACCAAGGAGUGCCUGCACCGCUUCUGCUCCGACUGCAUCGUCACCGCGCUGAGGAGCGGGAACAAGGAGUGUCCCACGUGCAGGAAGAAGCUGGUUUCCAAGCGCUCUCUCCGGCCCGACCCCAAUUUCGACGCGCUCAUCUCCAAGAUUUACCCGAGCCGCGACGAGUACGAGGCGCACCAGGACCGGGUGCUGGCCAAGCUCAGCCGCCUGCACAACCAGCAGGCGCUCAGCUCCAGCAUUGAGGAGGGCCUCAAGAUGCAGGCCAUGCACAGGUCCGGGCGGAAUUCCCGAAAUUCCCGAAUUUUUACGGGGAACAAGGAGUGUCCCACGUGCAGGAAGAAGCUGGUUUCCAAGCGCUCUCUCCGGCCCGACCCCAAUUUCGACGCGCUCAUCUCCAAGAUUUACCCGAGCCGCGACGAGUACGAGGCGCACCAGGACCGGGUGCUGGCCAAGCUCAGCCGCCUGCACAACCAGCAGGCGCUCAGCUCCAGCAUUGAGGAGGGCCUCAAGAUGCAGGCCAUGCACAGGGCCCAGCGCGUCCGUAAGACGGCGGCCAAGUCGGACCCCGCGGGGUUCUGGGGGCAGGAAAUGGCAUCAGUUCCCAGGGCGCAGCGCGUGCGUAAGAUGGCGGCCGAGUCGGACCCCGCGGGGUUCCGGGGGCGGGGCGCAGCGCGUGCGGCACAGCGCGUGCGUAAGACGGCGGCCGAGUCGGACCCCACGGGGUUCUGGGGGCGGGCAGUGGGUUCAGUUGUGGCGCAGCGCGUGCGUAAGAUGGCGGCCGAGUCGGACCCCGCGGGGUUCUGGGGGCGGGCAGUGGGUUCAGUUGUGGCGCAGCGCGUGCGUAAGAUGGCGGCCGAGUCGGACCCCGCGGGGUUCUGGGGGCGGGGUGCAGCGCGUGCGGCGCAGCGCGUGCGUAAGAUGGCGGCCGAGUCGGACCCCGCGGGGUUCUGGGGGCGGCCCAGCUUCGUGAAAACCACCUCGAACGCCACGGUGGAUCACCUCUCCAAGUACCUGGCGCUGCGCAUCGCCCUGGAGGAGGCCCCGCCCCCCGGCGCCGACCCCGCCCCCUCGCUGGGUGACGUCAGCGAGAAGCAGUACACCAUCUACACCACCACCGCCGCCGGCGCCUUCACGCCCCUGAACGGGUCGCUGACGCUGGAGCUGGUGAACGAGAAGUUCUGGAAGCUGAGCAAACCCCUGGAGCUCUACUACGCCCCCACCAAGGAGCAGAAAUAGCCAAAAUCGCCCCCAAACCCGCCCGGGGACCCCCAAAUCCAACCCGGGCACCCCGAAAUUCAACCCGGGGACACCGAAAUUCAACUGGGGGACCCCAAAAUCCCCGAAAAUCCAACUUGAGGACGCCGAAAUCCCCCAAAAUUCAACUUGGGGACACUGAAAUUCAACCUGGGGACACCAAAAUGCCCCAAAUUCCAACCUGGGGACCCCGAAAUUCAACCCGAGGACCCCAAAAUCCACUCGGGGACCCCGAAAUUCAACCCAGGGACCCCAAAAUCCACUCGGGGACCCCGAAAUUCAACUUGUGGACACCGAAAUUCAACUGAGGGACA